AUGAGCCUGGCGGACAUUAUCGAGCGCAUGAACACGGCAUGGCGGCUGACCAGCGAGCAGCGGGAGCGCAUCGUGAGCCGCGUGACGUCUAGCAUCAUGGACCUGUCCUUCUUCCACGGGCGGCCGAUGGAGGAGGGCGCGGCGCAGAAGGCGGCGGCGGCGGUGGAGAAGAAGGCGCACACGGCGGCGGAGGUGCAGGCGACGACCACCACGGGGGCGAGGCCCAAGCACGAAGUGAUGGGAGCGUACGCGAAAAAACUGGGGGAGCUGUUGUGCGAGGUGGUGAACAAAGGCGGCGUCGAAGAGCAUGCGGGGCCUACCAUUGUGGAUAAGAAACUUGACCUGAGUGGCAAGCGGGAUUUCGUAACAAAGGAAGCAGCACAGCAGAUGUUUCAUUUGUUGCUGGAAGAGGAGUGUGCAGUGGAAGCGGUGAAGUUGAGUAAUCAAAGUUUUGGACUAGAGGCAGCAGAGGUUGCGGCCGAGGCUCUACAGCACAUUGGCUCGAAGUUAACUGAUGCUGAUCUCAGUGAUAUAAUCGCUGGAAGGCCGGAGCCUGAAGCCCUUGAUGUUUUGAAGAAACUCAGUGAGGCAUUGUCAGGGGCACACUUAAAGAGACUCGAUCUUAGCCACAAUGCCCUGGGGGCGAAGGGCAUCAGGGCGUGUGCCCCUCUGUGGAAAAGUCAAGCAGACCUUGAGAGCAUUUCUCUGGGCAACAUUGGAUGUUCUGCUGAUGCCUGUGUUGCUGUCGAGGAGCUUGUGGUCGCAGAAGGCCUCACAUCGCUUACCUUCUUCAACAAUUGCAGCGAAGACGAAGGGGCAAAGGCCAUUGCCAAGCUCCUCACCAGGUCGCCCAAGAUGAGGGAAUUUCGAAUGGAGUCCUCAAGAGUAGGCCCCGAGGGUGGCAUGGCAUUGGUACAGGGGCUCUGUGCUGGUACGUGCUUGGUGUCCCUGGACAUAUCUGACAACCCAAUGGGCGCAGAGGUGGCUGAUGGCUUGGCUGCAUUGCUGCGGCAACAAGCAGGAUUGACAUCGCUGAUUGUCAGCGACACAGGGCUAACAGCUGGUGGUGUCAAGACUUUAUCGCAAGCCCUGCUGGAAGGGGUCCCCUUGUUGGAGAUCUUGGGAAUUGCACUGGUUGAAAUGACUGCAGAUGGAGCUAGGGCACUUGCACCAGCACUGGAAGCCAAGAAGCACCUCAAACGAUUGUAUUUGCGGGAAAACGAGCUGGAAGAUGAGGGUGCUCUUGUGAUUGCUGGAGCUGUGGCUAAAAUCAGUGUGCUGCAGGAGCUGGACAUUGAGGAGAAUGACAUGAGCGAUGAAGGCGCAUUGGCAAUCGCAGGAUCGCUGAAAGGAAAACCAGACUUCAAGGCAGUGAAGUUUAAGGACGACCUUUCCAAGAAGGGUAUCAACGAACUGAAGGAAAUUGUCCAAGAAGAGUUCGGAAAUUUGAAUGUGCUUAGUGUGCUGCCACGGGAUGAGGAGUAG